AUGUCUCAUAAGUCCGGACUUCAUUACUUUGAUGCAUCAGUCACGGAAGAGGCAGUGCGAAACCAUAACCUUAUGAGGGAACUAAUCGAGAACGAGACGUCCAAGAUUCCUCCCGGGACUGGCAGCGGAUACCACACAUACACAUAUGGUUGGCUUGUUGAUCAAAUUGUGAGACAUACGGAUGAGAAAAAGCGCGGAAUUGGACAGUUUUUGAGAGAAGAAAUUACUCAACCCAAUGGUAAUUUGACAAUUAAAUCACCAAUACGUAUCUCGGAAAUGCGUAAAACAUUAGUAUUUACAAGAUAUGAAAUCCAGAAAUCCAAUCAAUAUAGGAUUUCGAUAUGCAAACUUACGAAUUUAUUUCGACAACUUACAAUGGAAGGUGCGAAAGGCUUUGUUACAUCGCAAAUACUGAAAGUGUACUAG